CAGACUCCUCAUAAGGAAAGGAGGUCCAAUCUGGAUGCUGCUGAGCUUUGUCCACACUCCGGGAAGGAAACUGAAGAAGCGCACCUCGCCGAUCUUACAUUGGUGGAGAAUGUGGGCAGCGGACUUGGAAGGAGAUCUGGGUCUAGUGUGGGGCAGGUCCACCACACCUGCUAUAGUCCAGCCUCUAUCAGCACAAGGUGACCCAGGAGCUGGCAAAGAGCUUCAAGAGCGCCACCGUAGAGCUACUGAAGCUUUGGCAAGUCUCCUAUGCUGUGUCCAUCCCUCUCCCUGACCCCGGCCUAAGCAAACGGCGGAGGAUGAGAUAGAGGCGUAUUUGGACACUUUCAAGCAGAUCGCGGCCCGGGAGGGCAGGUCUAGGUGGGACUGGGCCGACACCGUUGCUCAGUGGGGAUGCCCAGCUGGCAUACUAUGCCCUAUAUUUAGACGAUGCUCUGGAGAAUGACGUGGUAAAACAAGAGAAAUGAAUUCUCACCUGCUGUGGCUGGUCUCCCAUUGCCGCUGCCGACUUUCAUAAGUGGCGGUAUGACCCGUCGAUUAAUCCAGAGCCAAAUGGAUGACCUGCUGCAUAUUGUAUGGUGGUGGCUCCAAUAUGACCAGCUUCAAGCUAAGGAUGUUGCCAAAUGGAAGGCCAUGGACAGUUUCCUGCAUGCACUGCUGACUGAGGAGCAAAAAGCCGUUGUAUUGAAGGGGCUGUCUAAUCCUAAAGAGUUCCUAAACACCCUUGAAUGUACUAUGGCCACCCUGAAGAUUGGCCUUGAAAUCCGGCGGGUUUUGAGCCGGUCAGGGAGAGAAGGAAACUGGAGAGCUGCCCUGUCCGGGGACCCACUGAGAAGCCCAUGCCCACUAAACUGGAGCUCAUGCUGCCGCCUCAAGGCUAUAAACAAUGGCUGGUUGGAUACGGGCUGCACACCACCACCCCCAAAGCCCCCCAGCUCGAUGUGGAGGUCAGUGAAUGGCUAUACCAUGUCUUCUCUUCUAGAUUCUGUUAGCAUGGUGACAAUGGCCCGACCAAAUGUCUUUCCUCCUACAUUAAAGCCGGGUUGUAUUAUUGUGGUCAUGUGCAUUCAUGGUGAUGCCCACUCAGUACCUGCCACGAAGGUUAAAAUCCCGGGGAAAUGGCCAGUGCUCGUGGGCCUUAUCCCUGACCUCCCAGUGCCCCUUCUUCUAGGACACGACUGGCCCGGUUAUGCGGCAGGUAUUAAUAUCACAACUCAGAGGCUGGAAGAAGCCCCGAGGGCAGCCGGCGUACAUGGCCCACAAAGGACCUGCCAGGUGAGUUCCCACCUCCUGUCUUCUGUUUUUCCACAGGCUAGCCAGGAGAGGUGCUUCGGGAUCGAACAGAAGGAGAAUGACUGGCUGAAGCGCUGCAGCAGCCAGGUGUUACUAGUGGAAGGGGAGAAGACAGACCCCCUCUUCCCCCUACCCUCUGCCUACUUCACAGUAAAGAAUGGUCUACUAUAUCACCACAUGUAGAGGAGAGGGAAGCCAUGUGUCCUGUUGGUCAUACAAUGACAUCAUACACCCUUUCUCCUGCACCUGGCCCAUAUGCACCCGCUGGGGGCUAUCUGAGCUCGAAAAAACCCCAAAAGCUACGGGACCAUUUCACUUGGCCAGGUAUGAACGCCCAAGUGCUAGCCUUUUACAGGGCGUGCCCCUGUAGUACCAAUGGACCACCCUUCACAAGCCGGCACCAGCCCCUCUCAUCCCCCUCCCAAUCAUCAGUGUCCCGUUUGAGAGGAUUGGCAUGGAUCUCGUCGGGCUAUUACCAAAGUCAGCCUGGGGCCAUGAAUACAUCCUGAUCAUUGUGGAUUAUGCCUCUCGAUACCCUGAGGCAGUCCCACUUCAGAAAGCCACCUCCCUGAACUUUGCCAGAAAAAACAUGGGAAGAGCAGCCCCCACCAAUUCGCUUCAUCGAUGACUUCAUUCAGGAUAUGCAGGCAUGUAUCAAACGAGUGGGCCCCAUAGUAAAGAUGCAUACAACCACCCAGCCCAGCCCCGAGAGUUUUGGCCCAGCGACCAGGUGAUGCUGCUGGUCCCCAAUGCUGCCUGCAAAUUCCUGGCCAAAUGGCAGGGCCUGGACACCUUGAGAUGGUGGGACCAGUGAACUACAAGUUGCAACAGCCAGGUAAGUGUGCAGACAAACAAAUUUACCAUAUUAACAUCUUGAAUAAGUGGAUAGCCCCUGGGCCGUUUGUCUCUGUGCUUUUCCCGUCACAGAUCCCCAAGAGCAUGCACUAGUGGAGAGGUCAUGAGAUCAAAACCCCUCCAGGGAUGGUGCAGGAACGUCCAUAUCAGGUCCCAGAGGCCCACCAAUAGGCCAUAGAGAAUGAAGUGGAAUGGAUGCUAUGGGACAGCAUCAUUGAGGAGUCCACAAGCACCUGGACUAGCCCCAUUGUGGUGGUGCUGAAGCCGGACGGAAUGAUCCGGCUGUGCAAUGACUUCCUGAGGCUCAAUCAGGUAUUGGAGUUUAUCCCCUCCCCAGAAUGGAUGAUCUCUUGGAGUGCCUGUUGAAGGCCCAGUUAAUCUCCACCCUGGAUUUCAGCAAAGGCUAUUGGCAGGUUGUCCUCGCCCUGGAAGCUCAGCCUGAUUUCAGCACAGCCAAUUGCCACUGGCAGUAUCAGGUUCUUCCUUCUGGCCUACAUGGGGGGCCCAUCACCUUCCAGCAAAUGUCGUCAUUCACUUCUCCACAUGAUCGGACAUCCUGUUCCAGCUGGGGAAGGUCCUGUGAGCCCUCCAGAAGGCGGGAUUAACAGCCAAUCCCCGCAAGUGCCACCUGGGGCUGUCCAAAGCACAGUACCUGGUUCUAUUGCAUCUGAAGGGGGCUACUGAGACCCCAGGAGAAGAAAAUUGAUCCAUCAAGGGGUACACCCCUGCCCCACAACCAGAAAGCAGGUACAUGCCUUUUUGGGCUUAGCAGGGUAUUAUUGACACUUCGUUACUAACUUCUCCUCUAUAGCUUACCCCCUUUCAUACCCCCCUUUUCAACCGGACCGGGUGCUAUGGGCCGAGGAAACCGAACAGGCAUCACUCCACCUCCAGGAGGCCCUCACCUCACCUCCCGUACUGAGGAACCCUGACUCCAGCCUCCCCUUUAUCCUACAGACCACUGCUUUGGAGAACGGUCUAGGUCUGGGGGGGGGGGGGCCUUUCACAGGAAUUUGUGGGGGAGGAGCACCUUCAUCUCCCGAAAACUGACCCCCGCCGAGAAGAACCACAGAAUUGGGAAGCUCUUGCAAUAAAGUGGGCCAUCGAGGACCUGUGCUACUACCUGGCAGGGAGGCACUUCACCUUGGUAACCGAUCAUGCCCCCCUGCUGUGGAUGGCCAAGGCAAAGGACACCAAUGGCCAAGUAAUCCAUGGUAUCUCUCAUUGCAAGUCUUUUUGUUUUCAGGUCCAGCACAGAGCCAGGAGCCAACACGGUAAUGUCGGCAGCCUCUCAUGGCGCUACACUUUCUGGGAGUGACCAUGACCAGGCGGGGCUUAGAGCUAAGGGAGGGAGUGUCAGGGCUGUGGUGGCGGCCACCACACUGGCACACAAGACAGAGGAAAUUGUGCUCUUCGCUGGGAAAAUCAUGCCGGGAGAGAAAAGUGGCAGUGGUGCAGCACCCUGGACAGUGCAAGAUGGGGUGGCGAAAUUCCCGCCAAAAUAAUGGUAGCUAAUAAGGAGUGCUGCUGUGGCACUCGCCCUCUGGCAAAAGAACACAGCAGAAGGAAGGUAGGGUGGAGAUGUAACUAAGGGUAAUGUUCUGUCUCUCUAUGUUAUUUUGCAGACUCCUCAUAAAGAAAGGAAGUCUAAUCUGGAUGCUGACGAGCUUUGUCCAUGCUCCCGGAAGGAAACUAAAGUAGGGCCACCUGCUCACAAUGCCGCUGCAUGCUGAACUGCCUCCUUCAUUUGGGACUGAAGGCUUCCUCUUGGACAUUAUAAAUAGACUCAUCCUAUUUUGAACUGCCACUUUUGCUAUGAGGAUACUUAAUAAAUUCACACUGGUGAUUGUUCUGCACUCACAUUUCACAACUCUUUCAAAACUGCUAUUCUCCAUGUUCCGCUCUCAAAGAUCUUACAGUGCAAAUAAACCUCUCGACUUGGCUGUUGCCCAUCAAGUGGUAUGUCAAAUGGUCUAUUACCCCAGUACACUGACACUCUUGCCUGAAGAAUCUGCAACACACCAAAAGUUUAUACAGUACAUACCAAUUCUACAGGACUGGUGGUUUGAAUGCUUUCUAAAGGGGCUCUUUCUAAAGCGAACCCACUGGUUCUGGGGUGUUGCUGACUAUGCAACGAUGGCAGCAGAUCACUUAGUCUUAGAUGUCACUUUUCAAUCCAACCCAGAAAAUCUCUGUAUAGCCAAAGGCAAUGUUCAUCCUUGGAGUUGAUGUCCAGCCACAUCAUGGAUGCCAUGCAAGACUUCACUGAACAGUGAAUCAGGGACUAUGAACUAGUGGUGUGUAAACUUUGUCACUGGAUCUUCGCAGAUGCAAUAUAGGACACCAUCCAACAGCUUUAAUCUGUCCCAUUGCUUCAACAGUUUCAGAGCUUUGUACGGUUCCAUGGCUCUCUCUCGACUCACCUCGAAAGGAAUAGCGCACAAUAUCAGAAUAUCAGAUACAAAAUAUCAGACUGGUUUCAGUAAAAAUAGUCAAUUGUUUUUUGCUGACUAUUUAACAUUGUCUACGAUCCUGCUCCAUCUGAUAAUUAUCUCGCUCGAUGCUGACAAAGCUUUUGAUCAUGUAAAGUGGGAUUUUUUUGUCAUCUAAAUCGAUUUGUCUGGAAGUUCACUGAACUUCUUUCCAGUUAAAUUCAAACACUUCAGUACUCAUCCAAGCAGCUUCUUCAGUCUGAGGGCAGGUUUCCACAAAUUUAUCUUCCAGGGACAAGGUACAGUAAGUGUUUGGGGAGGCAAGAGUUGUUAGGAUGUUUGCUUUGUGUAUUUAUGUAAAAAAAAUAUUGUGUUAUAAAAUGUCUUAGUAGAUAUUUAGGCCGAUGGUAUCCUAAGUCUGUAACUUAGUGAACCAGUGCUGAUGUAUUCAAUAAUAGAGACUUCAAAGCACUUUGGAAGGGUGUCUGCCAAAUUACAUAAAUUUAAAUGUCAUUGUAAAGACCCCAGAGAAGGAGUGUAGGGAGAAGGUAUAUUGAAGUAUAAGGGGUAACAAUUACAGAAUGUGAAAGUGAAUGGGGGAUCCUUAGGUUUGGCUUACCUGUUAGACCUGUGAAGAGGUCUUGAAUUUUGUGGGGAUAGAUGAAAGCACAGCAUGAAAAUAAUAGGAGACACUUUGUGUUAAGGAUUUCCACCUGUUGAGAGAAGAAUUUUCCACUUGGACAUACAUCCUUCACUCCUCUCUCAAAGCAUCUGUCUUCACAUCUGUCCAAGAUGUGUUUGUACAUCCUCCUAUGUAGUGGUUGUUUUGUCUCUUUGGGGUAGACAAGUCUCUGUCUUCUGGUGGAUACAAACUUCAGUUCACACAAAUAAUCACACAGAUCUUUCAUUUCUAAUCUAAAACUUAGAGCUGGGCACUAGACUGGGCUACACCUUAUCACCCCUCCUGCUUGCCCUGGCAAUAAAGUGGAAUGAGACUUUAAUUAGGGGCAUAUAGAGAUUGGCUUUGAACAUACAGAUAUUAUAUUCCCUAAAUGCAGAUGAUGUUGAUCACUUAUUCAUUCUACCAAAAAUGCUAGAGCUGCUGGCAGGUUUUGGCAAAAUAUCAGGAUUUACUUUUGUAGGAUAUAUUUAAGUAAUUAACUUUGUAAUUAACUAUGUACAGACAAAAAUAAUUAUGAUAUUUAGAUAUAUUAUCUAACAAUCUCUAAAUGACCAAUAGGUCACAGGUGUAGCAGGUCUCCUGGUUAAUAAGUUUUCCUUUAAUAAGGAAAAAAAUCUUUAUUUUAUUCUCAUUUUCCUGAAUAGUGGAACACCACAAGAUGCAGCAUAGACACCCUACCUCUCUUCGUAUAGAAGAACGUUUUUUGUUUGUUUGUUUGUUUGUUUAUUUGUUUGUUUGUUUUUUUGUAAAAAAAAAAAUUAAAGUAGUUCUGUAUUGCAGUCUACAAAAAGUAUUAUACUUUUUUUGGAUGAGAGAAAUGGAUGCUCACUAAUGAGAGCAAAAUUCUGAAUCCCUAGUUAACACACUCUGGAAGUUAGCAACCCUAAUGGGCUUUUUAUGUCUUAAAGAUUGAAUAACAGGUAUUCGCGACCACACCUAAUAAGCAUUUUAGUGUGUUAAAAUGUAAUUAUCUGCAUAAAAAUCAGUACUGUUUUGGCAUGAACAACAGUUCUUUUUAUUAUAUCUUUACAAUAUCUUGGUUCACCAUCUUAAGCAUAAUAAACAUAAUAAACAUAAUAAGGGUAAUAAACAUAGCUGUGGUUAUUUGUUUGUUUAUUUUUUCUGUAUGAAUAUCCAAUUGGUAUGAAAUGGACUUGGUUACAUUUUUGAUUAUAAAUGCAAUGAGGUAUAAGGCCUGUAAGUUACUGUUAAACUGUAUGUUUUUAUACUGCAACAGACACUAAGACUGUUUAGUUUACAGCUUUUGUGCCAUUUGAAUAGUAAUAAUUAUUUGAGAGAACUGUGUUCGGAUUAUAAGGAAGCCUUGGCAAAUGUCAAAGAAUGAUCAAAUAAAUUGGUGUGACAUCCCUUUGUUUUUAAAAAUGCUUCAUUAAUCCCAGGUACACUUUAUGUGAAUUCAUAAGGAAUUUGGCUGGUAAAUUUUUCAAACCAUUUCUUGAGUUUGUUAGGAGCCUUCAUUAUAUAUUAUGUCUGAAAAAUGGUGUAUUAUGCAAUAUGUUUCUUUCUUUGCUGGCAUACAAACAUCUUUCUGUAACAUAUUAUUUUUAUCACAAAAGAGAUGUUUGGAAAUCUAAAAUAUUUUUGUUCUGGCAUUAAAACAGAAGCCAUGAAAAGAACUUCUAAAAUAAAUGUAAUUGGAUUAAAUCAAUUCCUAAAUAAAUGCCUAUUUGACUUAGUAGUAAUGUAUUUGAUGUCCAUGAAAGCUUAGACUUUUGUUUUAAGCACUACCUGCAUGUAACCUACCUUGAAUGCUCUCCUUGAUGAUUGAUGUACUUGUAUUUGUACCGUUUAAUUACUAAAUCAUUUACAGUUAUAGUAUUUGGCAGAAAUCUUUAUUCAGAGAAUUACAUUUAUCUCAUUUAUAUACAUUAAUAUACAUUGUUUAUAAACAAUUAAGGGUUAAGGGCCUUGCUCAGGGGCCCAGGAGUGGCAGCUUGGUGUAUAGUCAGUGUAUAGAUACUCACUUCCGUCUCUUAUUGUUUUUUUUUUUUUUUGGUUCUGCGCAUGUUUGGAUUUUCCUGAGAUGAACAUGUGUUCUUGUACUAUAAUCCCUGCUCAGAAAUUUAACAGGACUUGUGUUUACAUGCUGACAUAUCUGCUUCUAUUAGAAUGUCACUUUACCAACUGCCCAACUCAUCUUCUUAAACACCACCAAGAGAAUAGGCAUUACUUAUAGACAUUACUUUUUUAUGGAUUUCUUCCACUGGACAAAAUUAUGCAUUUGCACAUAAAUUGCCUAUAGAUGUAAAUGUAUGGUGCUCUGCAAUAGAUGGGCUACCAUCAUGGUUGUAUUCCUUCGUUAAGGCCAGCAUUCCUGGAUGAGCCUCAUGAUCCACUGGAACCCAGACAAUUUUCAUGUUUUCCCUCCCUCUGUGGGUUUCCUACAGGUUCCCCAGUUUCAUCCCAGGCUAAAAUAAAGUGCUUUUAGGUGUGAACAAGUGUGUAAAUGUUUGUCACUGGGAUAGGCUCCGAAUCUUUCACAACCCUGACCAUGUUUUGUGUUUACUUAAAGAGUGUUAGAGAGUGAGUGGGUGAGUGAGAGUUUUACAACACUGUUGGAUUGAUUUCUUCAUAAAGUGACAUGGCAUGGAAUUGCUGUGAUUGCAGUAGUUUUAUAUCCACAAAAGAUUUAUUUUCUGUCUUAGAAAACCUACAGAGAAGGACAGAGAGAAAGGACUGGGAGUGAAUUAAGGUUCAUUAAGGUUCAGGGAACAGAAGGAUGCUGCUAACACUGUUAACAUAGAUAUUUUUAUUUCAUUACCUAGAUUAGACAGAUUUUAUUGUUUUAAACAAAAUCUUGUUCACUUUUUUUCCCACUUUUUAGUCAAAUGUAGAGUUUUAUUGCAAAUUUUAAACCUAGAACACCCAGAAAAGAUAUCAAACAGUAUGCAAGGGGCUUUUAUAAAGAAAUGUACCAUUGCGAAUACAGGGACAAUGAAGAGCUGCUAGAGAUCUUUUACAGAGGACUUUCAAAGAUUUCUCCAGAGGACAUUGCUGCACUGGAAGGCCCACUGUUUCUGUACGGGCUACAGGCCACCUUAAACACAAUGGUGGGAGAUAAAGCACCUGGAAUAGAUGGACUACCAGCAGAAUUCUACAAGUUCUUAUAGCUGGAGCUGGGAGACGAUCUACUGGAGCUUCAAUACAAAAGCUACAGAGAAAUUUGCCUACCCCUGAACAGCCAUAGAUGGGAUUUACAGGACAUCAAGAACUGGUGUCCAGUGUCACUGCUCUGCAUGGAUUAUAAAAUAAUAUCCAAAGCGCUGGCCAACCAUCCCUGAGAUGUCAUGGACUCUAUAAAGCAAAUUGACCAAAAUUAUUGUGUACCCAAUGGAUCCAUCAUUGACAACAUUUCUUUGAUUCAGGACAUUUUGGAUGUUUCCAGUUCACUGGCAGUUGACCUUGGUCUGAUUUCACUGGAUCAAAAAAAAAAAGCUUUUGACAUGGUUGAGCACCAAUGCAUCUGGAAAACUCUGAAGGCUUUUGGUCUCAACCCCAGUCUUAUAGCAGUAAUAAAGGUGUUGUACCAAUAUGUUACAAUAUGAGGGUUAAGUGCUCCUUUUACAGUAAAACAGGGAAUCAGGCAAGGCAUUCAGGCAGAUAGAUCAGGCAUUAUCAGGUAUGUUGUACACUUAAUCAAUUGAACCGUUUUUACACAGAUCAUGAAUGUCUUUAAAUGGACUUAUCUUAUAUGGUUUUAAUGCUCCACAUGUUUUAUCUGCAUAUGCAAAAUAUAUUAUGGUUUUAGUACAACACCAAAAUGAAACUAAGAUUUUAGAAAAAGUACUUUCCGAUUUUAGUGUGGUAUCCUCCUCUAGAAUUAACUGGAAAAAAGUGAAGCUAUUGCAGUAGGAAACAGGCAUUACCCAGGCAUUACCACAACUAGUGAUUGGGCUAAAAUGGAUGAAACUUUGAGUUCAGAUACCUAGGAAUUUUAUUUAAAUGAUGAAAAGAAAAACUGGGAAGGGGGUUUAGAAAAAAAUAGAUGGCAAACUAAAGAACUGGGAAUGGUUCCUUGCAUGGGACAAAUUACACUGGGUUCCUCAGAGUGUCCUUGUCAUGAUUCAGCCCGGACUUUGGCCACGUGCAGUUAGUUGUUUGUUUAUGUUCCUCGUCACGUGUCUGCCCCGCCUUCGUCUGCUCCUCCCUGACUACACACCUGUUUCGAAUUGUGAUCACCGUGUCUAUUUAUCUGUGCCGCGUUGCCUUGUGCAUCGCGGAAUCUACUGUUGUCUUUGUCCUGUAUCUAUUCCGUGUGUUGUUUCAUGUCCUUUUGUUAUUAAACCCUGUUGAUUUGGCUAUCCUGCGUUGGGUCCGCUUCCUUACCCCACGUCAUGACAGAAGAUUCCGUCGAACCAGGACCCAGCAGGAUAGCAGUGCUCGGACCGGCUUAUCAUGGGAGCAUUUUUGUUUUGUUUUUUACCCCCUGGACUUCGCGAGUUUGGUGACAUCGGUCCGCAUUUUUUUGGUGAGGGACGCCGCUCCACAUCCGGUUUCUCUGCGGGUGGUGCCGCCUCACUUCCAGGUUGCGGGCCAUUUCGCCAGCCCGAGUUUUGUUUUGUUUUUUCGGUGUCCUGUGACAUCGCACCGCAUUUGGGGGCGUCGCUUCACAGUUGGUUUCCGAUGAGGACAUCACCCCACUUUCGGGUCCGUGGGGGGUGUUGCAGGCACGUGUUUUGCCCUGUGGACUUUUUUGUUUUGUGGAGUAUUUUUUUUUCUCCCCGCCCUCCCUCUCCUUUUCCUGGUUCCCGAGAGUGGGGUCUGGCUGCGGUGCGUCGGGGUUGCGCUCGGCCCUCCUGUUCGACUGUGGACGUCGCUCGGCCCUCCUGUUCGGCUGUGGACGUCGCUCGGCCCUCCUGUUCGGCUGUGGACGUCACUCGGC